UGGAGCCCUACCUCCCAGAGCCCGCCAAGCCACCAGCCAAGUACCUGCAGGACCUCGGGCCCGGCCCAGCACUCAACGGCUGCCACUUCUACGAGGGCCCCGCGGAAGCUGAGGAGAAGGCCUCCAAAGCCGCCAGCUUCCCCCAGCUGCCCUUGGACUGCCGAGGAGGCCCCAGGGACGGGCCCUCUAACUUGCGAGGCUCCCCGGGUCCCUGCCUGGCCAGCCUUCAUGUCCCCUUGUCCCCUGGACUCCCCGGGUCCAUGGAGUUGGCCAAGAACAAGAGCAAGAAGCGCCGUAAUCGCACGACCUUCAGCACAUUCCAGCUGGAGGAGCUGGAGAAGGUCUUCCAGAAAACCCACUACCCUGAUGUGUAUGCCCGGGAGCAGCUGGCUCUGCGCACAGACCUGACAGAGGCCCGGGUACAGGUCUGGUUCCAGAAUCGCAGGGCCAAGUGGCGGAAGCGCGAGCGUUAUGGGAAGAUCCAGGAGGGGCGGAACCCCUUCACGGCUGCCUAUGACAUCUCUGUGCUGCCCCGCACCAACAGCCACCCCCAGCUGCAGAACUCCCUGUGGCCCAGCCCAGGGUCAGGGAGCCCCGGGGGCCCUUGCCUGGUGUCCCCAGAGGGCAUCCCCUCCCCGUGCAUGUCUCCAUACUCCCACUCUCAUGGGAACGUGGCUGGCUUCAUGGGGGUGCCAGCCUCCCCCGGAGCCCACCCUGGCAUCUACUCCAUCCACCGUUUUUCCCCCACCCUGGGGGGCCCCAGCUUUGAGCCCUCCCCCGAUGGCAACUACAAGUCUCCAGGCCUCAUCUCGCUCAGGGUGAAGCCCAAGGAGCCACCCAGCUUGCUGAACUGGACCACGUGAUCGGCCACAUGAUACGCAGACUGAGCUGCUCACCCCCUUUUCUAUUCCCAGCUGCUCCCACCCUGCCCCUGCCUGGACCUUAGAAAGGAUACACAUCUGCCUCCAAACCCACUUGGCUCCUGGAGGCCUGGGCAGAGCAGCUGGGACCCUCAGCCCCAGGGUUCUUUCUCUUAGAAUAAGGCACGACUGCCCAGGGCAAAGCAGGCUUCAAAGCAGGUGCCCAGGCCUCUUCUUACGACAAACUGGGGUCCCUUGCCCAAAAUGGCCUGGAGAGAAGAAGACACUGCCCUGCUUCCUCCAGACUUUGUCCAAGUUUGUAUCCAUCCAGCUGAAGUGGCUUAAUUGGCUCCUCAUUCGGGGAACCCAGGA